AUGCGGAGGCUUGGGCGCUGUGUGGGAGCGUGUGAGGCGGCGGAGCAGCGCACGGUGUCGCUGCAGGCUGAGGAAGGGCCGGAGCCGGGGCGUGCGGGCGGCGGCGGGAGCCGUGCGGGGCCCGUGCGGGGUCGGAAGGCAGCGUCGGCGAUGGGCGAGUGCGUGUGGGGUGCGGUGUUGCGGGUGGUGGCGGUGCAGGCGGCGUGGGCGCUGUGCUGGGGGCAGGUGCGGUACUCGGUGCCGGAGGAAGCCAAGGCCGGGACGGUGGUGGGCCGUGUGGCGCAGGACCUGGGUGUGGAGGCGGGCGAGGCGGAGGCGCGGCGGCUGCGGCUGGUGCCUGGGGGCCGGCGGGCGAGCGUGGAGGUGAGCGGGGCGAGCGGGGCGCUGGUGGUGAGCUCGCGGCUGGACCGGGAGGAGCUGUGCGGCAAGAGCGCGCCGUGCGCGCUGCGGCUGGAGGUGCUGCUGGAGCGGCCGCUGCGCGUCUUCCACGUGGAGCUGGAGGUCACCGACAUUAAUGACAAUGCCCCCAUCUUCCCCGCCGCCCGAAAAAAUAUCAGCAUCGCGGAAUCGUCGCUGGUGGGUUCCCGGUUCCCACUGGAGGGCGCGUCUGAUGCGGAUAUCGGAGUGAACGCUCAGCUCUCCUACACACUCAGCCCCAGCGAGCACUUCUCUCUGGAUUUGCAGCGGAGUGACGAAUACCGUGAAUCCCUGUUUCUGGUGCUCACGAAACCUCUGGACCGGGAGACGAUGCCGGUGCACCGGUUGUUGCUGACGGCGAGUGACGGGGGCCGGCCGUCUCUGACAGGGACUAUGGAACUGGUGAUUUCGGUGCUGGAUGCGAACGACAAUGCGCCCCAGUUCAACCAGUCGGUGUAUAAAGUGCAGCUGCCGGAGAGCGCUGCAGAGGGGACGCUGGUGGCGCGAGUGAACGCCACGGAUCCCGAUGUGGGAAGCAAUGGUGAAGUGACGUUCAGUGCAAGCAACACUUUUCCGGAAAAGGGAUUAAACCUUUUCCCUUUAAAUCCAAAGACAGGCGAGAUCCGUCUCAUGGGUGCCCUGGACUAUGAAGACGUCCGUUCGUAUGAGAUACUAAUUGAAGCGACAGAUAAAGGGACACCCCCGCUGUCGGGUCACUGCAAGGUGGUGCUGGAGGUGCUGGACGUGAACGACAACGCGCCGGAGGUGCGGGUGACGUCGCUGUCGGUGCCGGUGCCCGAGGACGCGUCACUGGGGACGGUGGUGGCCCUGCUGAGCGUGUGGGACCGGGACUCGGGGUCGAACGGUCGUGUGCGGUGCUGGGUGUGGCCGUCGGGUCCGUUCGUUCUGGAGGCGACGUUGUCGGGGUCGUACUCGCUGGUGCUGCGGGAGUUGCUGGACCGGGAGCGGGUGUCGGAGUACGAGGUGGAGGUGCGUGCGGAGGACGGCGGUUCUCCGUCGCUGGGCGGCCGCGUUGGGCUGCGUGUGCCGGUGUCGGACGUGAACGACAACGCGCCGUCGUUCGCGCAGGCGGUGUACACGGUGCUGGCGCGGGAGAACAACUUGGCGGGCGCGGAGCUGGCGCGGCUGUGGGCGCGGGACCCGGACGAGGCGGGCAACGGGCGCGUGAGCUACUCGUUGUGGGAGGGCGCGUUGGGCGGGGGGUCGGGACCGUGGUGGUCGGGGACGUCGGGGUCGGUGGGGGGUGUUGCGGCGUCGAGCUACGUGUCGGUGGAGGCGGAGAGCGGCGUGUUGCGGGCGCUGCGGCCGCUGGACUACGAGGAGGUGCAGGUGCUGCAGUUCGAGGUGCGUGCGGUGGACGCGGGGGAGCCGUCGCUGUGCGGCAACGCGACGGUGCAGCUGUUCGUGCUGGACGAGAACGACAACGCGCCGGCGCUGCUGCCGGCGGCGGGCGGCGGGUCGGAGGCCGGGGCGGUGUCGGGGGAGGCGGGGACGCUGUGGGCGUGGGCGUCGUGGGGUUCUCCGUCGGGUCAGGUGGUGGCGAAGAUCCGGGCGGUGGACGCGGACUCGGGCUACAACGCGUGGCUGCGCUACGAGCUGUGGGAGCCGCGGGGCAAGAGCGCCUUGUUCCGCGUGGGGCUGUACAGCGGCGAGGUGAGCACGGCGCGGGCGCUGGAGGAGGCGGACGGGCCGCGGCAGAGGCUGGUGAUCGUGGUGCGGGACCACGGCGAGCCGGCGCGCUCGGCCACGGCGACGCUGAGCGUGUCGCUGGUGGAGGGCGGCGAGGCGGCGCUGGCGGCGGCGGCGGGCUCGUCGUCGCUGCUGCCGCGCUCGUUGGCGGGCGGCGAGAGCGGCUCCGGGCCGGCGGCGGCGGCGACGAACGUGUGGCUGGUGGUGGCGAUCUGCGGCGUGUCGAGCCUGUUCCUGCUGGCCGUGGUGCUGUACGGGGCGUCGCGCUGGGCGCCGCGGGCGGCCGUGCUGUCGGGGCCCGGGCCCACGACGCUGGUGUGCGCCAGCGAAGUGGGCAGCUGGUCGUACUCGCAGCGCCACAGCCGGAGCCUGUGCGUGGCGGACGGCGCGGCCAAGAGCGACCUGAUGGUUUUCAGCCCCAACUUCCCGCCGCCGCCCGGCGCCGCGGCCAAGGACACGCAGCCGGAACCUCCUUCUCUCCUCGACACGGUCAGUGGCUUCCUCCCCUUCUCUGCCCCUUCUCUCCCGCCCCCUGGGCAGGCAGUGCUCGGAGCCGGGCUCAGCUCCUGCACUCGCAGGACCGUGGGUGCUUUGCAGGUGAUUAAGGAUGUCAGUGGCACCUUUGCAUCGGCCGCCGCGUCCUUCCUGUAGCUCCAUCUCUCUUGUUGAGGUGAUGUUGAAAUA